GAAAUGCAUUCUAUUGUACGUUCAGCUACACAAACUACUUUUAAAUCAAAAUGGACAUCAUUCAAAACAUGGAUUACACCCGACUUAUCAAAAAGACGUGCCUCAGAAAGUAGUACAACAUCGAGUUGUUGUUCUUGUGGUAGUCAACCUACAUUGGUAGAGAAAUACAUGUCACCUUUUCGUAAAAGAGCCUCUCAUAGUCAACCAGAGACAUCAGCAUCCGAUAUCAAACAACUUAAACACCUAUUUCAACUGGCGAUAGAUGAACUCAAAUGUGCUCAAGUGUCACGUGGAUCAGCUUAUUAUCUAGGUGACCGAAUAGCAGCCAAAGAAGCCAUUGAUCUCUGUGAUCAAGCAUAUAUGGACUUAUUGAGUCAUUUAGAUCCAAGUGAUCCUUAUUUAACCUACUUGAGAACGACGUUUGAUUAUGGUAUUCGUACAUUAAAAGAAGUGUAUCAUCAAUUACCACGACAGAAUGAAAGUGAUCAAAUCUCUUUUUAAUAAAAGUGUUUUGCUUGAA